AUGGGUGGGGAGGACUUCACCAAAGUGUUUAACUCCCGUCCCGUCGCGGAGCGGGCGGCGGCGAUGCUGAUAGCGCGGCGCCACCCUCAUGAUGGCGGUGUCACGCUCAGGACAUUUGUGGAAGAACUCCCGAAGCUGAGUCGCGAUGACAUAUUCCAGCGCGGCAUACGCGUGGAGGAAUGGGUGCGAGAGUCCGCGCUGCUGCAUCUCGUGGAAGACGCUGACGGUGUGUGCCGUGUGGCGCUCGCUGCGGAUGCAAAGUGUUUUCUCGCCGACGAGGCAUCCGACGUGGUGAGGGAGAAGACGGAGGUGAUACAGGAGGAAACAUCGGUGAAGGUGCAGAGGGAUCGGGCGGAGGCUAAUGAGCAGCUGCUGCACAUUCUGCGUGACAAUGUGCUUGGCCUGCGUGGCGCUGGGGAGUCCAACUACAAGCCACUCAACGAGGCGUACUCGUCGCUCCUGCGGGAGGCGUCAAGGCAUGCGGCGCUGCGUGGCGUUGCGAACACCCUCAGGUACGUGGAGUUUCUAGACAUGCUCAAAUCUCCAUGUGGUGUGGAAGAAUUUUGGGUGCUACACGAGAAGUAUAUAUGUACUCGCAACCCGGCAGAGACACACCCGCCACGAUUUGUAUCGCCACAGCCGCAGACAAUGGUCGCACACGCGCUGAAUGCGUACGGUGGCUGGGGUGCCGCCUCCAAUGUGCCAACUCGGCAGGAUGUGUACGAGAUUCUUAAGUAUGUUCCUGUUAACUGGGGAAACUUUGGCAACUUGAACCUACCGGCAGCGAUUAAAAAGAGACACAUUCGUAUCGCUUCUACACUGCAGUGGUUUCGUCGACAACCGUUUUACUUUGAGCUGCGCAGCGUUACGGGGACAGUAGAGAUUCGUCGCAGUAUUGUUCUUCAUCCGGAGAUUUACGGCCUUACACCGGAGGAGGCCCACGAGCAGCUACAGUUAAAGAUGGCAAGAGGUGAGGCGAAUAGUUUGGUCCCUGUCAACGCGGAAGGUGAGUUGGUGACUGCAGUGGAAUCAUCACAGCAUACAGUUGCGCUAAUGAAGUUUGUUUUGCGUGUGUGUCCGGGUUAUUUCGUACCGCCCUCGCUCCUCAUGCAGCGUUAUACUAAAAAGAAUUUAACAAGUGGCGAGCUCGUCGCGUGCGCCAAAGGACAUCCCGAAAACUUCGAAGUGCUCCAGCUGAAGUACACAGACGUUCCUCUCUUGCGGAAACGCACGGGCGCUGACAGUACGCGGUGGAAAGAUGGAUUUGCCGAGGACUUCGAGAGAUACCCGGAAGAUGUGCGCGGUCUCGUCGUACUCAUGGGCCGCAUGUGCUCGACAUGGGAUCGGCCUCACUACGUCUAUGUUCGUUUGACCGAAGUGGAGAAGGCGAUUGUAGGUGGCUUUGAUGGUAUGAUGCAGAUGCUGCGACGACAUCCGCAGGUGUUUCGUCUCGGGGAGAAUUUUAUUGCCCGUUUGGAUCUCUCGGACCCCCUUUCUUUGAGAGAGCCAGAGCCGAAACCGGAUGACAUGGCGACGCGUGUGGUGAUUCGCGAGGAGAACCCGUAUCAAACACCGCGUGAUUUGGCCGUUGUCUUUCAUUACGUGGCGCCCGAAGAUGAACCGUGCACCGCCGCCUUUUUCUUGCAAUGCGCCAGCCCGGCGAUGCGGGCCGUGCUGCCGCCGCGUUUCGUCACGGUUCUGCAGCUGUUCCCCGACCUUUUUGCGUGUAAGGAAACUUCGCCUGGUGUCUUCUUGACGCGGAAGGUGAAGAGGACAGGCAGGCGUCCGGCGGGCGCGUUUGGCACCGACCCGCGAGGGGAGGGAGGAGACGCCCCAACAUCCCCGCAAAGGAAGCCAAACGACGAGGAGGCGGAGGAAACGCUCGACCUGGAAGCGGAAUUCGCGGAGAAUGAUUUCAUGUCCCGCGAAGAGGCCGUUCAAGCUGUGAGAUCGCUGGUUCCGCCAGGUGGCGUGGAGGCGUCGCAGCUGCUGCUUUGGGCCUCGAUUGGUGUACAGCAGGCGGCUAACCGGCACUUCGGCGGGGUGCUGAAACUCGUCGAGGCGAAUCGGGCGCACUUUCGGGUCCAGGAGUCCCAGGAGACGAAAAUGAUUUACCCAGCGGGAGUGUGA